CCCGUCUCGCACCACCACACCAGCAGCCGCAACCGCAGAACCCCUCGCCAAAACGUCUCGCAGCCGCAGCGCCAGUUCCGCGGCGUGCGCAGCAUGAGGGAGCUCACCGACACGGCGGCCCUGUCGGCGUUCCGCACCCGGUUCGAGGCCGGCCGGUCGUUUGACCUCGAGGACGACCUUGAGUUCUGCCCCGGCCUGCUGACCGAAAGCGACUUGGUCUCCAUCUCUGCCUCUGAGCGCUCGUCGCUGGCCAGCAACUCUCCCGAGGCCUCUCCCACCCAGCAGCCUCAGACCGUCGCUCCCGCCUUCUCCCUCAACUCGUCGUCGCCCCCCUUUAUCCCUCCCCCCGCUGUCCAGCCUCUGAACGUGGCCUUCCGCCUGGCCCAGCCCACCGCUACUCGCGGCCGCAAUGCCAUCCCCAUUGUCAACCCCGCCACGGGUGCGUCCAUGCCCAGCCCUCCUCCGUCAAUGUCGCCUGGCCGACUGCAGCAGCAGCCCAUCCGCCGGUGGUAA